CAAGUCAGUGAGCCUGCAUGCAGUAUUGUGCAGGAGCAGACUCCCCGCAGGGAUCCCCAGGGUUACACACACUGCUGUUUAGAUGGCUGACAGAAAGGAGUAACUUGGUGAACGGUGCUGCAAACACUCUGGGAUCAUCUAGCAAGUGUCUCGGGCAGUUAUUACGAUAAAAUGGAGCAAGAAUUUGAAGACAUUGAUUCGUCCGGGAGAUGGCAAAACCUUUACAAUGAGAUCCGUAACCAAGCCAGCGAAUAUCCUUACAAAGUGGCAAAACUCCCAAUGAAUCGGAAUUUGAACCGCUACAGAGAUGUCAGCCCAUUCGAUCACAGUCGGGUCAAACUUGAAAACUCUGAAAAUGACUACAUCAAUGCAAGUUUAGUCAUGAUGGAGGAAGCCCAAAGAGCUUAUAUUCUGUCUCAGGGGCCUCUAAGGAAUACCUGUGGUCACUUCUGGCUGAUGAUUUGGGAGCAGUGUUCCAAAGCUGUUCUAAUGCUCAACAGAAUCAUUGAAAAGGGAUCUGAAAAGUGUGCACAGUACUGGCCCACCUCAGAGGAGCAUCCAAUGUCUUUCACUGACACAGGGUUUGUGGUCAGGCUGCUCUCAGAGGAAGACCAAUCCUAUUACACAAUACGGGUGCUAGAACUGCAAAACACAAUGACGGGGGAGUCGAGGGAGAUCUACCACUUUCACUACACCACGUGGCCUGACUUUGGAGUCCCAGAAUCCCCGGCCUCCUUCCUCAACUUCCUCUUUAAGGUCCGGGAGUCCGGCUCGUUGGGAGCAGAACAGGGUCCCGCAGUGGUGCACUGCAGCGCUGGGAUUGGACGCUCGGGGACCCUCGCCUUGGUGGACACCUGCCUGGUCCUGAUGGACAGGAGGAAGAACCCGUCAUCAGUAGACAUUCAGAAGGUGCUUCUGGACAUGAGGGAGUACCGCAUGGGCCUGAUCCAGACCCCAGACCAGCUGCGCUUCUCCUACAUGGCCGUCAUCGAGGGAGCCAAGCUCACCCUGCCAGAGUGCUCAGCAGCGCAGCAGGAUAAGCAGAUAGUGAUGUCUAGAGAUGGUUUAGAGGCAGAUCUGCCCCCUCCACCUCCUCCACCCAGACCUCAUCUCAACGACAACAGGCCCAACGGUCAGCCGGGACCCUGUGCGGAGCCAGAGGCCACCUCAGGAGACCCCCUGUCAGCAGAACCCCUUUCAGCAGAACCCCUGUCAGCAGGAGAGCCAGAGAGUCAGGACCCCGACACAGCAGACAGCUCUGGGCAUGUGAGAAAGCGACACCGUGAGGAGAGGAUCGCCAGCACCUCCCAGAAGGUCCAGCAGAUGAAACAGAGACUGAGCGACUCGGAGAGGAAACGGGACAAAUGGCUAUACUGGAGACCCAUCCUGCUCAACGUGGGGGCUGGGGCAGCGGUGGCUGUGGGCCUGCUGGUGGUCUGGAUGUACGCCCAGUGAAACACUGGGUCACUUUAAACUGACUCCUAUUUUGCACCAGUACCUGGGAUUAGGUACUUCUCUAAGUAGAUGUAGAUGGUAAAAUGUGCAUAACUGAGGGUAUUUAUUUCUUACGGUCAAAAUGCGGGAGCGCUAGAUCAAAUGAUUGUGUGUAUAUUUUUCAUGUAAGAUCAAACAAACUAGUAACAUCUCAGGAUCUUGGUGCCAGCACGAUGAUUUCAUUUUCUUUUCUUCUUGUCACUCGAUGAAUGUACUGUAUCUUUGGAAGAAACUUAUUGAAGGUGCAGUACAAAGCAAAAAAAAACGUUAUCUGUGAUGGUCAGAUUUGUGUUGAUCAUCUGUGGACACGUUUUACAAUUGGCUUUAUAAAAUGACUUGUGUUGAUUGUCCAUCCUACCAUAGAUAUGUAAGAAGACUCCAGUUCCUAUAGGUCAGCUGUGUGAUUUUCCUUCAUUUGUUUUUCUGUAGUGAAAGGUGCAUAUCAGACAUGCAUAUAGAAGUUUUCCAGAGCACCCCACUUGUUCUUCCAUUCACAUUAAGCAGGGCAUCCCAAUAGGGCCAGAUAUAUAUUUUUUUGUGACUGGACACUUCAUAGGGAGCUGCCUUGCUGAUGUUUCAAACUCUGCUAGAAUGUUAAUCUUAUUAUUUUCUGUUCUGAGCACCUUUUUUACAGAUUUUGGUUGUCACAUGGAUCAUAUAAGCUGUCGGGUCCCUCACCGCUUAGUGUGUGUAUUUACCCACUGGAUGGGUUCAUGUGUGUAUGUUCAUGUUGUCCCACUGUUGUUUUUAUGGAAACCAAAGCAAGGCUGUCCUUUUUUGGACGGUAACAGCCAGGCAAGCUGUUCAGUGAUGAAAUCUUGUACUCCCAUGUGGAAUGUGUUGUCCGUUGGAUUUCUGACAAAACUGCAUUACAAAAUGAUUCAUAUUAGCUUUACGUUGUGUGUGACUUCUUAAUUUGAACCGGUAGAAUCAUCACUUGUCAUCAUUUGUUUUCCGUUGACUAGGACCAAUCUAAAGCUAUAAUAGUGCAAUUUAGAAGUUGUAGUGGAGAACCUUGGAUAAAAUUUGAGUUAGGAAAGAGUGAUAGCAUACACGUUUGUAUCUAUUUGUUUGCUGGUUGAGCUUUUAAUGUGCCUUGAAGUGAAAAAAAAUGUGUGCUCCAAGGUUUCCUAGUAUACAGAUUAAGGUUAAUGUGAGGAAUAAUAUCCCACAUAACAUGAGUAACAUGUUAGCACUGCAUUGACGGGUUUGUAGUUACUUGAGGUUUGAGUUGAUUGUAGACCUAAUGUGUCAUUAGCAUGUACUGAUGUCUGAGAGGAAAUUGUGUGUUGCUAAUUUACUAGUUACCACUGAUGGACAUGGCUUUUACUUAGUUCUUAUUUAACCCAGAAGAGACACAUUUGAUCAUAACAUUCCAUUCAUUCUUGUUUUCCACAUAAGAUUUCAGGGGAGUUUUGUACACUGCUGAGCUGCAGUGAGAACAUGAGAGAUGGCUUUUGAAGACGAAAAAAAAAGCAAACAAACAUGAAAUACUUCUUAAAAUAAACAUGCAUCUUUUUUACCAAA